CCCACACCGAAGAACCUCCGGAAGAGGGCUUUCAAGUAUAGAAGAUCCUCCUACUGCCCAAACCACUCUAUUUCACCCUCGCUCCUUCUCAAACCCUCCAUUUAGGGUUUGUUUCCGCCAAAUUCCCGCCAAGAAAACCUUCCCCCCUCUCAAACUCACACCCCUCCCCAAAAUCCCAACACCCCCUGCGCCUCCGACUCAGACUCCGACCAUGGGCAAAGACGACGAGGAGAUGCGGGGAGAGAUUGAGGAGAGGCUAGUCAACGAGGAGUACAAGAUAUGGAAGAAGAACACUCCCUUUCUCUACGAUCUGGUCAUAACUCACGCCCUGGAGUGGCCGUCGCUCACCGUCGAGUGGCUGCCGGACCGGGAGGAGCCGCCGGGGAAGGACUACUCGGUGCAGAAGAUGAUAUUGGGGACGCACACCUCGGAAAAUGAGCCCAAUUAUCUUAUGCUCGCGCAGGUCCAGCUGCCGUUGGAGGACGCGGAGAACGAUGCUCGUAAUUAUGAUGAUGAUCGCGCGGAGGCUGGAGGUUUCGGCUGCGCUAAUGGCAAGGUGCAAAUAAUCCAGCAAAUAAACCAUGAUGGAGAGGUUAAUCGGGCUCGUUAUAUGCCUCAGAAUCCAUUUAUUAUUGCCACAAAAACUGUCAGUGCUGAAGUUUUUGUGUUUGAUUAUAGCAAACACCCAUCUAAGCCUCCUUUAGAUGGUGCAUGCAGUCCUGAUUUGAGGCUCAGGGGUCAUAGCACUGAAGGAUAUGGUUUAUCAUGGAGUAAGUUCAAGCAGGGUCAUUUACUCAGUGGUUCUGAUGAUGCGCAAAUAUGUUUGUGGGAUAUCAAUGCAAAUUCUAAGAACAAAACCCUGGAGGCUACUCAGAUAUUUAAGGUCCACGAAGGUGUUGUAGAAGAUGUAGCAUGGCAUUUGAGGCAUGAAUAUUUAUUCGGUUCUGUUGGUGAUGAUCAAUACCUUCUGAUAUGGGAUCUCCGGACUCCAUCAGUUACCAAGCCUGUCCAAUCUGUAGUUGCUCAUCAAAGUGAGGUCAAUUGUUUGGCUUUCAAUCCCUUUAAUGAAUGGGUGGUUGCAACUGGGUCCACUGACAAAACUGUCAAGCUUUUUGAUCUACGCAAAAUCAGUACCGCUCUCCACACCUUUGAUUGCCAUAAGGAGGAGGUUUUCCAAGUCGGUUGGAAUCCGAAGAAUGAGACUAUCUUAGCUUCUUGUUGUCUUGGCAGGAGACUGAUGGUGUGGGAUCUUAGCAGAAUUGAUGAGGAGCAAACACCGGAAGAUGCAGAAGAUGGACCCCCAGAGUUGCUUUUUAUUCAUGGUGGUCACACCAGUAAAAUAUCUGAUUUUUCUUGGAAUCCAUGUGAAGAUUGGGUUAUAUCUAGUGUUGCUGAAGAUAACAUACUGCAGAUCUGGCAGAUGGCAGAGAAUAUAUACCAUGAUGAAGAUGAUUUACCUGAAGAACCGGCAAAGCAGCCUUAGCGUAACUUCUCAUUACUUAAGAUAGCCAAUGUAGUCAGAAGAAGUUAAUUAGAGAAGGGGUUCAUAGCCCUUUGUUUGUCUAUGUUUUUCUUUAACUUCAAUUUUCCCCCGUAAUUGCAUGUGAGAAUCUGUGCUUUUCUUUAACGUUAGAUCAGUGUUGUACGUUGUAUUGACCCAUGCUUAAGUAAUUGUAUGCAGUACUUUGGCAUGGAAGUAAGUUCCGAAAAAAACUGCUAUUAUUGUUUUGGCCA